AUGAACGAAGCUGCAGAUACCAAGAUUUUUUCGAAUGCACCAAUUGCCUAUAUCUUGUGUGGGCAACUCGAUCCAAAUCAGGACGAAUGGAUCGAUCUCAGUUUGGUGGAUAUGGAAGCAGAAACAGCAUCAAUGCGUCAGAAAGUGGAUAAUCGCCUCCGGAUUCAAUCAAACGAAAUGAAGCAAUUUCACAACAAAAUUUGUCUACGUGUAUCCGCUCGCGAACGACAAUAUCGUAUUGAAGCUCAAGAAAAACAAAGACACCUGGAUGAAAAGUGUGCAAAAGUGUUUGCAAAUACAAACGUAUUACAACAGACACAAAAUACUGCUGAUGUACGAAUCUCAACACGCCCAUUUUUCCAGAAGUUGGAAGACCAGAACGAGAAACUUCAGACUUGCCGUUUAAAAAAACAUAUCAAAAAGAUUUUGCGUUUUGAUGCACGAAUCCGAGAAGAAUUACUGCAUUCGACAGUAAUUUCACGUUCUUUACAAUCUUUAAAUGAUGAAAUAGAGACACCAGAAGUCUUGAGUAAAGCACCAACGUUGCUUCCGGAGCAACGUGUUGCUUUGUAUUCUACAGUGAGACAACAGUACAUGAAGAUGAAUCGAGCACAGAUACGAAAUGGAGGAGAUUUUGAAACUUUAUCACAAGUCUCACUUGUCGCUUCAGGCCGAAACAACAACGUUUGUCGUAGCGCUUAUCAUGGCAAAAAUGUGAGCGAAAGAUCUGAACAUCAUAUCACAAUCAAUAUUACCUCUGGAUGUAAUGUUAGAGUGCAUCGAGAAAUUGCGACAUCAUUGACUCCAUGGCGAAAAACAAAGGUUGAGAGUUUCAAAACUUUUUCAAACGAACAUGAUCGAUUCUUGCGAGCACUUCAAUUACACGGUGAUGCUCCAGAUCAUCCUCGAUAG